AUGCACAAGCUGAGCGUGGAGGCCCCGCCCAAGAUUCUGGUGGAGAGAUACCUCAUCGAAAUUGCCAAGAACUACAGUGUGCCCUAUGAGCCCGACUCGGUGGUGAUGGCUGAAGCCCCAGCAGGUGGAGAGGGUGAUCUGAUUGACGUGGGAUUCACAGAUGAUGUAAAGAAGGGUGGCCCUGGAGGGGGAGGAGGUGGUGGCUUUACAGCCCCACUGCUCAGUCAUGAUGGAAUAGUACCCAUGCCAGUGAUGAUGCCUAUGCCCAUGCCAACACCAAACCCACCCUUCUCCUAUCCACCUCCAAAGGGACCGGAGAACUUCAAUGGCCUGCCAGUGGGGACCUACCAGCCUUUCACUAAUAUCCAUCCACCACCAGUUCCAGCAAAUCCACCAGCGUAUGAAUCUAUAGAUGAGCCCAGUGCUGACAAAGAGGCUUCUGCACCGGCAGCGGGGCCUGGGCCCAAGCCCGAAUCUUCUCCUAAACCAAAAGCUGGAGCUCCCACUACCUUUGAUAACUUUGUGCUGCCUGAGUUGCCGUCCGUGCCAGACACGCUGCCCACAGCAUCUGCCGGUGCCAACUCUUCUGCCUCUGAAGACAUCGACUUCGAUGAUCUUUCUCGGAGAUUUGAGGAGCUAAAGAAGAAAACAUAA